AGAGAGAGAGAGAGACUUCUCAUGUACGCACAACCCCAAUCCGCUUCUUCGUCUUCUUCUUCUUCGUCUUCUUCUCUGCUCUUCAUCAUCAAUUCGUCCUUCUCUCCACUUGGUUCCUUCUAAUUCAAGAGAUUGGGAUUGAGGUCUGUUUCUGAGAUUAGGCAAUGUUUUAGUCGUGAGGUGUAAGGUAAACCAAUGGUUGGGCAUGUUGUUGUGUCUCCAUCAUUGUGCGUUCAGCUACGGAUGCACAAUGUUCACUUUAGUCACAGAAGCUGCUUCUCCACGAACCCUCGUGUAAAGAUUGCCCAAAGGAAGGCUUUUGGGGUUUGCAAGAUCACAUCAUGGGAAGCUGAUAAAUAUAAUGUUGCGACUCCCUUGAAUCUUGGAUUGUAUUGUUCUCGUGGAGAGUCUUCUUGUAAGUGUACUUGUUUGGCAUCUAUGGCAGAUUUUGAUGGUGUUGCUGGUUCAGGUUGGGUUCCUAUUGGUGACCAAGUUCUCUUGACCGCUAGUAUAUUUCUUACGUAUAUGGCUGGAGUGAUUCCUGUUAAAAAAAACUCGAGUUACUCUUCUGAAGAGAACACUGUUGAGGAUGAAAAUCCACGUGUUGGAACUUCAGAAUCUUCUGGUAGGGAGACUGAUUUUGAGGGUGAUUUAAAGUCUGUAUGGGAUGUGGUGAAAGUAAAGCUUUUAGAUUCUUUAGACGCCAUUAAGCAUAAGAGCACACUUGGAAGCAGAGAUCUCAAAGCUAAACCUCCCCAAGGGAAGCCCCCACUGAGUUUGUAUGCGAUAUCUGAAGGGCCUCAACUGUACUUGCUCUGGUCAUGUUUUCAGAAACUUGAGGAAGAGACAAAUAAGAUCUCUGACACAAUCAGUCCAGAUGAGUGGAUGGUUAGUUUUACUCAAAUUGUUCGGGAAGCAUAUCAAGCAGCAUGCACGGCUUGGCUAAAAAAGGAGCUGUCUGUGGAAAACACUGAUUCUGACAAUGCGAUUACUCCUUUGCUGAUCAGAAUGCUAAAUGAAAAGGAUGCUAUAUUUGACAAAAUAAGAAAAUCAGGCAAGGAGGAUCUAUUUGCAGAAUUUUUGUAUUUCCAAAGAUUUGGAUCUCCCGUGAAAGCUUUCUGCUACGACUUUAGCUUCUUUCGCACACACGGAGUUGCCAUUUUGGAAGACUUCAUGAUAACAUUGGCGGAUGGGGUUGCUAGCAUCUAUCUAGAGCUCAUUUCUGUAGACAGCAAAUUUUCAAAUGAAUUGAAUAGUGGAGGAUUAGGUAUCUGUAGCCUUUCUAGUCGAGCACUCCAAAAACUACGUAACGAGGUAGCUCUAUACCAGUGGUUGCAUCAGAAUAUGGAAGCAGUUGUAUCAAUGUAUGAGGAUCGCUUUGACCUCUACAUUCUCAAAACUCAGGUUAUCAACAACCUUGAUGGUAGUGACGAUACCGAAAGCCGUAGUUGGUGGAGAAAGUUCACACUUGGAAAAACUAAAGCUGCCUCAUCAUCAACCUUGCGAUACUCCAUAAUCAGCGAUUUUUCAUUGCCAGUUAAACGAACCAAGGAGCUUAAAGCUCUAUCGGGAUGGAGAUACUACUUCAGUCUGUUUCUGGAGUUAUCAGACAUCGGAAUGCCAAUUAUCAGAGUGGUGUUGGAUAAAGUGAGUAGCAUCAUAUCCUUCUUUCUCGUCACCUUGAUCGGUAGAUCAGUCGGACUCAUCUUCACCGGCAUUAGACAGUCUCUACGUUGGAAGUGAAAUCUUAUACAAUUGUGAUGGUAACUAUUUUUUUUUUGCGUCGAUCUCAUUUUUGGUGUCCUUUUGAUUAUCCUGGUUUGGUAGGUGGUAAAAUUGGUGAAAUAUGAUUUUUAACUUGUAGUUUUUGCAUUUAUUCAAUUGCUUCAACAACAUUGCCAAUGUUCUUUUUCUCUGGAAAAUAUAUUUUCAUGUCUUAAUUAGUGAAGUCCUCAUAUCUUUAAUUUUA